UCAUUAGCAUUACUGACGCUGUCAGUGUAUAAAAGGCGAGCUCGGAGCCCGCUUUCCCCUUACACUGUGUGUGAAAGGGAGCGGCAGGAUGGCGGAUGAGAAGAAAGCACAGGCAGUCCCCAAAAAGGGCGCUAAGAAAAUGGUCAAGAAGCCGGCAGCGAAGGGCGUCAAGCAGAGGAGGCGGCGGAGGAAAGAAACUUACUCCAUCUACAUCUACAAAGUGAUGAAGCAGGUUCACCCCGACACCGGCAUCUCCUCCAAGGCCAUGAGCAUCAUGAACUCGUUCGUCAAAGAUAUUUUCGAGCGGAUCGCGGGGGAAGCUUCCCGCCUGGCCCAGUACAACAAGCGCAGAACCAUCAGCUCCCGGGAGAUCCAGACCGCCGUGCGGCUGCUGCUGCCCGGGGAGCUGGCCAAGCACGCCGUGUCGGAGGGCACAAAGGCGGUGACCAAGUACACCAGCUCCAAGUGAAGGGCAGCAUUGGAGUGAAAACCAAAACCCAACGGCUCUUUUCAGAGCCACCUCCACCUUCCGUGAAACAGCUGAACUAGUAUCGUUCUGGGUAUGUACGGUGAAUGUGAUCACGGUAUUGGGAUUGG